UCACCCCUCCCUCUCUCUUUCCAGAAUGUGCAGCUAAGCUAACAGGUCCUUCCUGGGAGCUCCCCUGGUCCCCUCUCUCUCUCUGUCCUGUAGAGUUCUAGAACCCUCUCUCUCCUGUAGAGUUCCGGAGAGUUCUGGAAACCCUCGCUGGCGAAGGCUCCUUCCCUCCACCACCUCCAAAACCAGGAGUAAACCCAAAAAAACUCUAAAGGGAUUAAGUAGCCGAGAGCAAGACCAAGCGGAUACACACACACACACACACAAACACACAAAUACGCGCAAACGCUGAACACACUCUGAGACCCACCAUCAUGGCUCUCAUGUGUUACAAUAAGGGCUGCGGGGAGAAGUUCGACAAAGACAAGAACGCAGACGAUGCCUGUCUGUUUCACCCUGGAGUGCCCAUCUUCCACGAUGCCCUCAAGGGCUGGUCCUGUUGCAGAAAGAGGACAACAGACUUCUCUGAGUUCCUGUCCAUCAAGGGCUGCACUCGGGGUCGCCAUAGCAACGAGAAGCCUGUGGAGGCGCUGAAGCCAGAAGUGACGUCCGACAAGGGAGAUCAGAAGCACCACAACGGCACAGAGAUUAUAUACCAGGGGCCCAAGUCAGCAGAAGCACUACAGAAGGAGAGACCCAGCCCAGAUGCGCCUAAGACCAAGUUGCCAUUGAAGGUGUCUGCAAGCCUGAGCCAACUGCUGGAGAAGAUGGAGAUCGAUCGCAACGAGGAGACUAAGAAAAAAGAGUCCCAGACUGUUAUGUACGGCACCAAGUGCAAGAAUCCCGGCUGCAAAGGGAUGUACAAGGGCUUUGAAACUAAUGUGGAGGAGUGUAUCCACCACCCUGGAGGACCUGUCUUUCACGAAGGGUAUAAGUAUUGGAGUUGCUGCUGCAUCAAGACCAUGGACUUCAACGAGUUCCUGGACCAGAAGGGCUGCACAACAGGCAGGCACCGCUGGAUACCCAGACAGGACAAGAAGAAGGUGGCGUGUCGUCACGAUUGGCACCAGACGGGGGCCCAGGUGGUGGUCACCAUCUACGCCAAGAACGCCCACCCCGAGCAUUCCUACGUGGAGGCCAACGGCACUGUGCUGUGA